GGGAUCUUCCGUCUGUAGCAAGCAUUUACCGGUUGACAAGUCAAUUUCCCUGAGUUUGUUGACGUCAGAAGCGGAUGUACAUUGAGCGUUUACAUUUCACUUUCAAGAAAAUAAGACGCGGAAGAAAACUGGGGGAUUCCGCGUUACAGUUGUCCACAUUACAGUACUGGGGUGAAUUUGAAGUUGAGAUACCGAGGGCUGAAUCUUGAAGGGGGAGAAGAGAUGUCUAUGAUAUAUGACAACUGGGAGAGGCUUGUGACUGCUGUUUUGAAGAAAGAGCGGCUUUGGCAACUCUUUCAUGAUCAAUCGAGGAGCCCCAGCAUCAGCUCUGAAUCAUCUGGUUUGAGUUUCAGUUUCGGUUGCGGUUCUUCAAUUGAAGAUGCGCCAUUUUCAAGCCCAGAAUGGUCAGCUUCUAAACAGAAGGGAAAUGAUGAUUUUGGUACUAAAACAGCUGCAUCCACCUCUUCAAGCACUCUUGUUGAGGAUCAGUCUCUCGGGAACCUGACACGCAAUAAAAAACUCACCUUUACACGUUCUUGGAAACGGGCUCUAAAGAUCGAAGUGCCUAAACUACAACCUGAGUCUCAUGUUGCCUGUAAUCGUGCUCAAGACACCUCAGAAUAUUGCCGGAAUAUUAGUCCUAGAAUGGGAAGUCCCACCUCUAGUUCCAGAGUUCAUCCAAGAGCUGGAGGGGGGCACAAUAAACCACAGACGAAUUGGCCUGAUGAAGCAAAGCAAAAAGGUCACCCCUUGCCCCUUCCUCCAGUUGCAAUUUCCAGUUCCUCACCAGUUUCUCGUCUGAAUUCAGCUGCAAUAUCACCUACAUUACCAUCACAUAGUCCAGAAAGAGCAGGAAAUCUUAAAAGCCCAGGCACACUUUGGAAAAAGGGGAAGUUGCUUGGUAGAGGAGCACUGGGAGACAUCUACCUUGGUUUUGAUAGUGAAAAAGGUGAAAUGUGUGCCAUGAAAGAGGUUAAAUUAUUUUCUGAUGAUGCAAUGUCGAAGCAAGGUGCAAUGCAGUUGGAAAUAGAGUUGACUGUUUUGAGUCAGUUAAGACAUCCUAACAUUGUGCAGUAUUAUGGAGCUGAAGUGGUGGGUGAUAAUUUAUAUAUAUAUUCUGAAUACGUAUCUGGCGGUUCCAUCUCUAGGAUUCUGCAAGAAUAUGGAAAACUAGGAGAAUCAGCCAUCCGCAGUUAUACUCAUCAAAUUUUAUCAGGGCUGGCAUAUUUACACUCCAGAUGGAUUUCACACAGAGACAUUAAAGCAGUCACUAUCCUUCUAGAUCCAAACGGCAGAAUUAAGUUGGGCAGCUUUGGCAUUGAAAAGCACAUCAUUGGGCAAUCUCACCCAUCAUUGCUUAGGGAGAGCCCUUACUGGAUGGCGCCUGAGGUCAUAAUGAAUCCGAGUGUGCGCAAUCCAGCUAUUGACAUUUGGAGUCUUGGAUGCACUGUUCUGGAAAUUGCUACUUCAGAACCACCUAUGAGCCAGUUCAAACAGGAAGUGGCCAUGUUGAAGGUUGCAUAUCAUAAAGAACUUCCAAUGAUUCCAGAUCACCUCUCAGAUGACUGUAAGGAUUUUGUGAGGCAUUGUUUGCAGUGGAAUCCCAAGCAUCGUGCUACAGCCGCUCAGCUUUUGGAGCACCCUUUUGUGAAAAGUUCAUCGCCCUCGCAAAAACAAAUACUGGUUUCGACAUCUUCAGCUCAUCCUGCAGUGCCAAAUGCAGGAAAACCGGAGGAAUUUGAUCAUGCAAGAAGCUCUCACCAUUGGGAUUCAAGGAGACUAGCUAACCAUUUCUCUAGAGCAUCAAGAGUUACUUUUCGCCAAGGUGAUAUCUAUACUCCUAGGUUUCCGAUAAGCCCACUGUCUCCAGUUGGGAGCCCUCUUCUACAUCCAAGAUCACCUCAACUCUUGAACGGCCGGCUAUCUCUGCCAUCCAUACCGACCUCAUCUACACUUAUAAGUGGUGGGAUUGGUGACACCUCAUAUACUCAUUUUAAUCAAUCUAUGUUACGGCAAGAGAAUCGUCAGUCGCCAAAGCAAUCACCCACAGACAACAGCCCUUCUUAUUGGGACCCAGCCAUUCUUCAAGGAUUGUAUUCUGGAUUUCAUGAUUUCCAGGAACUAGCAGCAGCCUCUGAUCAGGAGCUGCUUGGAGGGGCUGCUAAUGGACAACUUUAUGGACAACCAAUGUUGGUUGAUCGUGUAUCUCAUCAACUCAGUAACGUUUCUCUGAAGUUGAACCCAUCUCGCCAUCUGGAUCCUUCCUCUCCAUCGCCAAGCUUUCACAUUGCUGGAGUAUAAGUUGGUUGAACUGCCAUUACUCUAUGAUGAUCUUAUUCUUACUCGACACCAGGGGCUUCCCAAGCAUGCUCCUAUCUCCACAGAAGAAAAGGGCAGUCAAGGAUGUUAUUCCUGUCUUCAUUGUGACAGUACAUCUAAUAGUGCACAAACACUUGAAGAACACAAUCAAACUCAGAAGAACAGAGAUAAGAUGGAUGGUCAUUAGUUGAAGAGAAAGAGUUUGAAAAUUAAGGAGUUCAAUAGUAAGAAGUGAAAUGUGGCAACAUCAGAUGAUAAUUUGAACACAGUAGUGGAAAAGAGGAAUAGGGUAUUAUAGAAUUGUUCAAUUUAUAGAAUGUAAAUCUUUUACAAGACUUUACAUUUGUCUAUCAGUUUACAGAUGAAGUCCCACAAUUUUUUGGCCAAUUCUUGGUCAUUAGCUUGCAA